AUGGCCAGCUCCAGGCUAGGCCUGGUGCUGCUACUGCUGCCCGCCCAACCCUCAAAGGCUCAGCACCGGUCCCAUGGCUGGUACCCUGGAAGAAAGCGAGCCUCCAGCUCACCCCUUAGGCCCCCAGGUGGACGGGUUCUGGAGACUGCAGCAGGCAGCCCAGCCCAGACUGCCUGUAGUCUCCCAAUAGAUGCCCUGUCUUCCCCCGAGGACAAAGUGCCCCGGGAGAGCAGGACCAUGGCCCAGUGGUCCCACCACAGGAAGCAGCACCUGGUACAGAUACUGCUGCAGGGUGCCAUCUGCUAG